AUGAGUCGAAUACGCAAGCGAAACCCCGUCUUCGGCACCGCGGGAUUGGCCGUUGCGUUCCUACUCCUACCGCUCCUGCCGUCCAAAGCAUUCAAUAGUCGUGCUGAUGAGGAGGGUGUUCGCGCUCAUUUUCAUUGGCAUCAACGCCAUCGCGAAGCGGCCUGGCAGCGGGUGCUUCGCCAGGAGCAGCGUAGGCGGCAGCAGCAGGUGACGGGGCCGUGCAGCCCGCUAGAAACGGCGAAGGUGAUACGGAUUAAGUCGUACGCGGACGUCGCGAAGCGAUUAAACUUUGGGCCAAAGCAGACGGUGAUGCUGGUGCUGGCGCCUCCCGGGUUUAUCACGAAGACGGGUCUGCUGUUCGACGGGAACUACUCCUGCACGAUCCUGCGAAGCAAGAAGCCCGCGCAGAGAAGUUACAUCAAGCUCACCAACGCCCUGCAGCCCGUUUUACGCAUCUGGAACACGCACAACGUGAUCGUCAUGGACGUCAACUUCUACCUGCCUGUCAAGGCCAGCUCGCGCCUCUGCUCCUUCACUGAGGUCGGCAAGGGCAUGCUGUGCCCCGCCAUCCACAUCUGGCGCAGCUACGGCGUGCAGGUGGCCAAGGGCGAGGUGUUUGGGCGCAUAGACGUGUUUCGCAGCAUGCAAGCGCGGGUGGAUGGCAUGAGUGUCACCGGCACCUACCGCUUUGUCAACUCUCCAGGGGUCAUUCGCAUUGGGGAGAGCGGGUAUGGGCCAGAGCUGGUGCGAGCUAAUAUUGUCAUCUCCAACAACGAGGCAUACGGCGUGGACACACCAAUUGUGAUGCACUGGGGAGCGGUGGGAGUGACAGUGAUCAACAACUUUGUCCACGACUUUGGGUUUGCGGGCAUCAGGUGCGGCGCGGACGUGCACUUUGCGGGCGACUGCAUGCUGAGCAACAUCUCCAACAACAUUGUUUACAACUGGCGGAGGAAUAGCUCGGGGGAUGUGGAUUCUGCUGGAAUUUAUUACUGCACGCACUGGUUCAGCCCUGGCAACGUUGCAGAGUGCAAUUAUGUGGCAGGCGGCGACCACUGCUAUUACCUCGACUAUGUCACAUCGGGUGUUGUGAUCCGCGGGGGUGCGUGCAUCAACACAUACGAUGGCAUCAAAGUCAACAAUGGGAAGCUCAACGUGAUAAAGCACGUGAUUCUGAAGAACGUGGAGGGCAUGCCGGGGUGGUGCACGUGCUUCACUCCCACCGUCAACAACUGCCGCAAGGACCCCGGCACCUACUGGGAGGCCAUGCGCCUCAAGUACUACGAUACUGAGCUGUUCCGCAGGCUCUGGCCCUGGUGGCCCAGUGUGUGUAAAGACAAAUCCAUCAACGGAGUCAACUGCAAUCCUCCUGGCUCCAUGGCUGCUUAUUUGACUGGCAACUGUAGCGGGCUCGGCACCGAAAAUUACCUCGAUCUUGUCGUCGUCAACAUGACUAAAAGGAGCCUCGAUUACAAAUACUGCGAGAAGAUUCCGGUUAUGCCGAAAAUCAACACGCAUAAGAUGAUCAACAUCACGACGAGCUCGUUAAAGGUGCUGCGGAGGAUGGGAUUUCGAAACUACAAGCGGCACGAUCUGGCGAUCGAGUCGUGGUCCCCAAUCUAUAAAUGGCGGCCGCAAUUCAAAAGUUGCCGGAAGGGUUUAGCGGGUAUGAAGGUGAUAACAAGGGAAGAGUACAGGAAGGCUUUUAAUAUUCCGAAGCCGGACUACUUCGAUUUUGUUUUGGCGAUGAACUUGACGCACAUUCAUGACAGAUCCUUAUUUUGA